AUGGAGGGCCAGGGUGAAAAUGAUGAGCUCUAUCCUAUCGCUGUUCUCAUUGAUGAGCUGAAGCACGAUGAUGUCCUCCUCCGCCUCAAUGCAAUUCACCGUCUUUCAACUAUUGCGUUAGCUCUGGGGCCUGAAAGAACUCGCGAUGAGCUAGUCCCUUUCCUCGAUGAUUCUGUCGAAGAUGAGGAUGAAGUUUUGACUGCAUUAAGUGAAGAACUCGGUUCUUUCAUAGAGUAUGUUGGUGGCCCAGAAUAUGGCCACGUACUGCUCUCCCCCUUGGAAAAUCUAGCGGCCAUUGAGGAGCCGCUAGUGAGAGAAAAGGCUGUUGAAUCACUAAACAAAAUCGGCGAGCAGCUCUCCGAAAAGCAGAUCGAAGAAUAUUUCGUCCCAAUGGUACAGCGCUUAUCGAAAGCCGACUGGUUUACUUCUAAAGUGUCAGCCACUGGACUCUACUGCGUCCCUUACAGGAAGUCGUCCUCUUCCCUGCAACAGACCCUGCGCCAAUUUUUCGCCGGCCUUGUUCGCGAUGAGACCCCGAUGGUCAGACGCUCAGCAGGCAACAAUCUAGCGAAAUUUGUGAAAGAGAUGACGACUCCGAUUGUCAUCGACGAAAUGAUACCCCUUUUUCAAUACUUAGCUAGUGACGAUCAGGACAGCGUGCGUCUACUUACUGUAGACAUUCUCAUUGCCAUUGCCGAAGAGAUACCCAAGGAGCAGCAACCUAGCCACGGCGUGUUGUUGACGUCCCUGCGGAGUUUGUUCGAAGAUAAGAGCUGGAGGGUCAGAUACAUGGUUGCCGACAGAUAUGAAAAGAUCGCGAAAGCAGUGCAUGAAGAGGUUGUCACUCGGGACAUGGUGCCGUCAUUCGUUAAACUUUUGAAAGACACUGAGGCCGAAGUCCGCACUGCUGUUGCCGGGCAGAUACCAGGCUUCUGUUCCUUGAUUGACAGGGAAACUCUGCUUAAUGAGAUCAUGACCAGCGUUGAGGAUCUUGUUUCAGACCCCUCUCAACAUGUGCGGGCAGCCUUGGGAACGCAAAUCAGUGGGCUUGCGCCCAUUCUUGGGAAGGAAGAGACCAUCUCCCACCUUCUACCCAUGUUCCUCCAGAUGCUCAAAGAUGAGUUCCCAGACGUGCGACUGCAUAUCAUUUCCAAACUGGAGUUGGUUAACAAUGUUAUUGGUAUCGAACUCCUAUCUCAGUCCCUCCUCCCUGCCAUUGUACAAUUGGCCGAGGAUAAACAAUGGAGAGUUCGUCUAGCCAUUAUCGAGUACAUUCCCCUUCUCGCUAGCCAGCUUGGAGUGAAAUUCUUUGAUGAACAACUCAGCGACCUUUGCAUGGGCUGGCUUGGUGACACUGUUUUCUCUAUUCGUGAGGCUGCCACGCAGAACCUGAGGAAGUUAACCGAAGUGUUUGGGGUCGAUUGGGCCAAGGAGUCCAUCAUCCCGAAAGUUAUGGCAAUGGGCCAACAUCCUAACUACCUCUACAGAAUGACAACGUGUUUCGCGAUUUCUACGCUUGCACCCGUUGUCACCCUGGAAAUCAUCGAAAAUUCAGUGCUCCCAAUCCUUGAAAGACUCACUUCAGACGAUAUUCCCAACAUUCGGUUCAAUGUCGCAAAGUCUUAUGCCGUCUUGAUCGACACGUUGCGACGUCUUCCGGCUCAAGGCACUCUGACCGACCUCGAGAAGGAAGGCAAAACCGAGGCUCCUUCGCCAAGGGGUCAAGAGCUCAUCCAGCAGAGUGUCCUUCCAAGUCUGGAGAAACUCCAAGGCGAUGAUGAUGUUGAUGUUCGGUACUUUGCGACAACUGCCGCUGGCGGCCACGAGGAGGUUAUGCAAACCUCACCGUAGGUUGACACACUAGGGCUUGAAGCCCACUCUGCAGCUAUAUGUAAAGCACCUUACUAAGUGUGAGCGGAAAAGAUCAUGGGGCGCUCAUACCUUGGGGGGAAUUGUCAAUUUAGU